GUUAAAUUAGUUUGUACAGUAGGUUGCUGGGAACAGUCUACGUGUAAACACGCUGAUACCAAAAUUUUAUAAACAAAAUAAUGUCAUUAAUCAAUAAUGAAAAUAAUGUAUUUUUUAACAAUAACGGAUCACAUAUAAUAGUCAAAUUAACUUGUAGUUUUCAAAUUCCAAAGACUACCUAAAGGUAGCACCACUGACAGUAGUCCGUCCUUGGCUAAUGGAUAAGCUAACUAGUCCGGGCUAGCAAAAUAACACAUACGAAGCCUCUUCUGUUUUGCAUUUUGGACGUUGUCGCAGGUCAGGAUAAGGUUGAUUUAAUGUCCCUUAGUCCUGUUGACCAGGGGCGUCUAUCUCAGACUGCCUCCUCCGGCAAAGACGAAGACCAGCUGAACAGCUCUGGUCAGGCUGCGACUGCAGAGAACACACAUGUGGACCAGGUGUUGCCAGUUGUGGACAAAGCCUCUCCUGGUUCGACUUCAUCCUUUGAGAUGCUCGACAUGGAGCCUGUCCGGCCUCCUUACCAAAAAGUGCAGCCUCAUUGGUUCUUCUACAAACGGGGCGAUGACAAUGUACUCUGGCUCCCUUUUAGCAGAGAAGACUCAGACAAAUUAGAGAAUGCCGACAAUGCAAGAGGCAACGAGGAGGUGGUUGUAGCUGUGGAGGGUGAGCGCUAUGAUGUACAUGUCAAGGAGAGAAAGUGCUAUCCUGUAUACUGGGAACAAGCUGCGACUGAAGUUCGCCGCUGCACGUGGUUCUUCAAGGGAGAUAAAGACUUAAGGUUCCUGCCAUACUCUGAAGACUUCAGCAACAGUCUGGAGGAUGCCUAUAUGAUCGCCGUUACUUUAGAUGAGUGGAAAAGGAAGCUUGACUUUCCCACAGGAGAGACGGUCAUUUUACACAAUCCCAAGCUGAUAAUGCACUACCAGCCAUUAGGAUUUCAGGAAGACUGGGUCUCCUCGCCAUCUGAGAACACCCGUCCUAGAACAGUCAAACGUGGCAUAAACAACAUCCCUGUAGAAAUACCUGAUGGUGAACCAGAAAAGGUGGACCAUCUUGUUUUUAUGGUCCACGGCAUCGGUCCUGCAUGUGACUUGCGCUUCAGAUCCAUUAUACAGUGUGUGAAUGACUUCCGUAGUGUGUCACUGUCCUUGUUGGCUUCUCAUUAUAAGAAUGCUCAGUCAGAGGGCAAGGUUGGAAAAGUGGAGUUCCUCCCUGUGAACUGGCACAGCGCUUUACAUGGAGACGCCACUGGUGUGGAUGAGGACAUCCAUAGGAUCACUCUGCCCAGCAUCAGCAGACUGAGACAUUUCACCAAUGACACCCUGCUAGACUUGUUUUUCUAUAAUAGUCCCACGUACUGCCAGACCAUAGUGGACACAGUCGCCUCAGAGAUUAACAGGCUACACACUCUCUUUAAAAAGAGACACCCCAAGUUCAAGGGAGAAAUUUCUGUCGUGGGUCAUAGCCUCGGUUCAUUGAUCCUGUUUGAUAUGCUAACCAACCAGAGAAGUGGUUCAGAAUCUGCAAGAGAGGAGGUGCUGUCUGAUGACUUGUGUGAUCCCGAACAUGAUACACUGGAACAGACUCUCACCCGACUGGGGCUGCAGCAAUACUCACCCACAUUAAAGGCAGAAAACUUGGACCUAGAAUCACUGGCUCUUUGCCAAGAAAAUGACCUCAAAGAUUUAGGAAUUCCUCUUGGACCCCGAAAGAAGAUUCUGAAAUAUGUCAGGAGAAAAUGUUUUUCAGAGGAUAACAAAGCUGGACGUCUGGCUUCAGUGCUGCAAGGUUCUCUUGGCAGUGAGGGCAACGGUAACCGGUCUCCAGGAUCUGCAGUCAAAAAGGGCCAGUUCCUCAGAACACAGUCCAUCACCGGCGCUGUAGAUUAUGAAUAUUUCAACAUGGGCAUCGGACAGGUAUCCAUCGAUUACCCACAGCUGGCGUUCCAGCCACAGACCUUUUUUGCGUUUGGAUCCCCCAUUGGAAUGUUUCUAACUGUCCGUGGACUUAAACGAAUCGAUCUCAACUACAGCUUCCCAACCUGCAAGAGCUUUUAUAACAUCUAUCACCCGUUUGAUCCUGUAGCUUACCGGAUUGAGCCCAUGAUUAUUCCAGAAGUUGAUCUGGAACCAAUGCUAAUUCCGCACCAUAAAGGCCGUAAGAGGAUGCACUUGGAACUGAAGGACAGCUUCACCCGCAUGAGCAUUGAUUUAAAGAAUAAUGUCCUGGGAUCAUUACGGACAGCUUGGCAGUCACUUUCCAGACCUGUUGCUGCACUGCCCCCAGUAGAUGAAGGAAAAACUACAACAGAGGGAACUCUUCAGGAGACACAAGGCGAGAGCGAGGAGGCGGAAUCGUCAGUAUCAACGGAGCAGCCGCAGCAGGCAGAGCAAGCACAAACAAAAGUGGGCAUGUUGAAUGGAGGGCGACGGAUCGACUUCGUGCUUCAGGAAAAACCUAUAGAGAGCUUCAAUGAAUAUUUGUUUGCCAUUCAGUCUCAUCUUUGCUAUUGGGAAUCCGAGGACACCGCUCUGCUGCUGCUGAAGGAGAUCUACGACAAACUGGACGUGACAUUGGAUUAGACUCAACAGUCAUUUUAAUUUUUCUCAAUAAACUCCACUUUCAGUAACCUGAGAGCAGGAACACGAAGGACAGUUACAAGAGGUUGCGCAAACCUCCUCCAGAAUGCCUUACUGGCUGUGAGAGUUGAGUCUCUUUUGGUCAGGUGAUCUCUGGUCAGAUAUGUCAGUCAAUAUUUCAUUCAUCUCACAAGUGGGGUUGGUGUCUACUUAUUGAUUCUCCUGUCAUGAUACGCAUUGCACUUUUCUUGUCUAGUUUCCUUACCGUGCACUUUCACUGUUAUCAGCAUAACAUGCGCACAACUGUUAAAAAAACAUAUUACGGAAGAUUUUAUGUUAUUAUGACCACAGGUUCGGUAUAAAAAUGUGUUGGGUUGCUUAAACACGAUUUAUAAUAGGAGUUCAAGGGAGCGCUCCCUUAUGCUAUUAGCUUUAUACACCGCAAUUAAUUUUGUUCUGAUUGACUGAAAUACUUUUUUUGUGUAUUCGGCAAGGUUCUCUUCCUGCUCAUCCAAAGAAACCAAAGGCUGCUGCCCUCAUAAUGUGCAAUUUUGCAAAAAUGCCGACGUAACCUGAUUUUCAUUUGCGCUUUAUUCUUUUAUUUCCCUUCUAUCAUAUCCACACGUGCGUGUGUGAAACAUUUAAUCCUGAAUCUAUUUUAAAAGUCUGCUCUUAACAUAUAAUACUGUAUAAUACGAAGAGUGGCGGAUAAGUUUGCUGAACUCAGUUUGAUCAUGUCAAGGGCCAAAUUGUGUUUCUCUUCUGCUGUCCUUUGUAUCAAGGGACUGUAAAAUUAAGAAUUUGCCUCUGUAUUGCACGUACGGCACUGUUACGUUUGACCAUCUCAACAUUUCCCUUGCAGUUUACAAAAUGUUCACAAAUAUGUGCAGAAGUAGGAUAGUUGUCGCUGUCAUAUAGAUAAGAGCUUAAUCAACACAUUAACCCAAAUUUUAAGAUGAUCAAAGGUAACUGUCAGUUUUUAUUCAUAUCCAGAGGUUCUUGUUCACUCUCUCCCAACCACCUUAUCAACUAGACUGAUACUCUGUUUUUGUUUUAACCAUAUGAGUGGAACGUGUUAAAGGAUAUUCUGCACUCUCCAAAGAUGCACUGAUCAUGUAUUAUGUUGUAUGAUUAUACUUAACAACUCCUCUGCUUAUGCCAUGCACCCUUGAUUUAUGGUGAUGCGCACAAAAAUAAUGGCUCUUUAUACCACUUUUGUGUGCCAUAAUAAAAAAUAUGUCUUCACAGAUAUGUCAGCAUUUAUAUUGGAUGCGAAUGCACAUACUAAAAUUAAAUGCAAGUGACUGCACAGCUGGAGCUAAUAACGUCCUUUGCAAAAGUUAUUUGA